CAUUCCUCUUCUCUCCCUCUCUCUCUCUCCCCCCUCUCUCUCCCCACCCCUCUCUCCUUUUGCUUUCCUGGUAGUAGCUGGGAGGAAGGAGGGUGGGCAUAGGACUGAGAGAAGAGAGAAAACAGAAAAAGAAUUGUAUGCCACUGUGUCUGAAUCUGUCUUCUACUUGCAGAUAAUUACAUCCAAGUUGCACUUUUGCCUUUUUAUUUCCGUUUUUGGACACCUCUUUUAUCAUCCAGCCAACUGGGUAGACAAAGCACUGUUGGUGCCCUGAGCGACAGAACUCUGGUAGGGGGCUGGCUGUAAAUUGACGUGGCAUGGAAAUUCUCUGCUAAGUUGUAGCAGCUUGCGUGUUUCUCUAAGAUCAAGCCCAGCCUCCUGGAGCUGGAGCUUAAUCAUGGGUUCAAUGACUUUACAGAAAAAUGGAUAGAAAAAGUCUUCUCCUCCUUUCUUUGAACCCAAAUGUUUUCUUUUUGGGUAUCUAUGAUUUAGCUGAAAACAAAAUCAAACCAGUUAAGUCUGUAACUUUCUUUUUGCAGCUUAAACAACAGAAUUUGCUGCUCUCCCUCUCCUUUCCUGCAAUUUAAUUCCUUACAGAUUUUGCCAUGGGGUGCGGACUUAGAAAGCUAGAAGACCCUGAUGAUAGCAGCCCUGGAAAAAUAUUUUCUACCCUGAAGAGACCACAAGUGGAAACAAAGACAGAAUUUGCUUACGAAUAUGUAUUGCUGGAUUUUACACUACAAGCUUCAUCAAACCCAGAAGUCAUCAAGAUAAAUUCAAUUCUGGAUAUAGUAACAAAAGUGGAGGACUAUUAUCUGAAAGGAUAUAUCGUUGGAGCUAUUCAUCCUGUUAUACAACCUAUGGUGCAGCGAAAACACCUCCCUGCAAGUUACCUGUAUAGGGUGGUGCUGUCACGCUUGAAAUUAAGCCCGAAACAUUCAGCAGCACCCAGUGGACAAAGACGCCCAAGGCUUCUGAUUGAGGAAUGUCCUCUAAUUUAUGAAACACAAACAAAUGACAUAGCAAAAGAACUGAUAGAAAAGAUUAAUGUUGCUGCUAAAAGAGGAAUGAAAUUUGUUGGAUUCAUAUCACAGUAUUAUUCACCAUCUAAAUUCUGCAAUGGAACCAGCCAUGAUGGAGAUAUAGAAUCAAUGCUACAUGUGAGACACAGUUCAGAUGAAAACUGUAAGAGUUGGAAUGAAGGAACAUUAAGUGGGCAAUCAUCUGAAAGUGGAAUUGAGGAAGAACUUCAUCAUGAAAGCGGACAGUGUCAAAUGGAACAAAAUGGCAGCCCCAGUUCCCCUAAAUCAAGAAAGGGAGAAGAUAACAAAUUGUAUAUAGUCUUCAAUGCUUUUGAUGAUGAUUCAAGCAGCUGGACCUAUCAGGAAGGCAUCCUGUCAAUGAAAGUAACAAGAAAAGGAUCCGUCAUUAGCACACUUGAUGCUGACUGGCUUGAGUUAACUACAUUUUAUUAUAAGCAAGGCUUGUCUUUAAUUGAUUCUUUUGUAUGCUGGGAAACAUCUAAAGGCGACCAUUUGCCUAAAUCUUUGGAAGGAUUUUUUAUCUAUGAAGAAGAAGGUUCUGGAGUUCCAGGUUCUAGUAGGAAAGGAAAUGAUGCUAUUGUAGUAGAACAAUGGACCAUUAUUGAGGGCUGUGAAAUCAAAACGGACUAUGGCCCUCUGCUGCACACUCUAGCUGAAUUUGGAUGGCUCCUGACAAGCGUGUUGCCUACACCUAUAUUAAGACAUGACAGUGAAGGGAAUUUGGCCACCAAGCAGGUCGUGUUCCUUCAGAGGCCGGUUAUGUGGAAUUCAGCUGCUCAAACACCAGAUAGGAAAGCCAGCCAGCAUGUAAAAGGUGAAGACAGGAACAAAGUCACCAGCAGGAGCAUCGGAUUGGACACAGCAGCGUCACAGCCUAUAGAAAGCAGAGCCCCGCCUGAGGAGUGCCUCCUCUCUCCUUCCAGAGAAUGCUGGACAAAGGAGGGGAGGCCAGCACAGUACAGCAGCUUCUCGGGGUUCAGCAGCAGCGACAGUGUCCUCCGGGAAUUAGACGACGGACAGUUUGAUCAGGAAGAUGGAGUGACUCAGGUCACUUGCAUGUGAGUCACAAGGCGACACAAUGGAAGGCCCUGUACAUAAUUAUUAAAAUAGUUGCCAACUGACUUUAUUGUAUUACUUUAUCUGCAUUUAUAUAAUAUUUUUGAAUUUUCCCAGACUCAGCUUUUCCUCUAAUCUAUGUAAAAACUUUGGUGCAACCUCCCAGACAAGGAAGAAUAACCAAUAUAUUUAUACAUUUAGAAUCAUGUUUACACUUCUCUCAACUAAAACAUCCGUUUAAGCAGAUGUUCCAUUGGGUUAUUAAGCAAUAAUCUACUUCAUUUUCUCAUGAAUGUACAAAGUAUGCUUUUCUUACAAUUCCUGGUAAGGAAGACUGAAUACCAGUAUUUUACCCAAUUAGAGAGUUCUCAGGAAAUUAGUCUUACUUAAACUGAAAAUUAAUCUCUCUCUCUCUCUUUCACACACACACACACACACACACACACACACAGCUGAUUAGUGAAAGUAAAUACCUAUUUCCUGAAUAUAAGAAUUAAUCCAUAUUUUGUCUUUAACUGUAGCAUACAUAUGUGAAGCAAGCCACCAUAUAUGUUAAAAUGUUCUUCAAAAAAAAUCUUUAUUGUAUAUCUUUGCUUUUCAUUGAGCUUGAACAUUCUUGCUCCUAAUAGCCUAGAAAAACAGAAAGCAAAGCAGCAUCUCUUAAAAUUCAAUAUGAAAAGAACCCAAGACCUCAACAUGUAAAAAUUUUAAUAGAAAGAUUUAAUAUUCUUUCCCUUAAAUUGCAAAUACUAUGAGGAGAGAAAACAUCAACUUCAAAUGGAAACUGAAGUUUUUAAUCUGUGUUUAGAUUUGAAUUAUGCUUUUAUUUUGACUUGCUAAAUCCUGAAGAAUGUUAAAACUCAGAAUUUUCAGUCCUGAAGGAGUAGCAAAGUGCUCAGAGCACCUGUGUUUGCUGAUGUAUUUGACCCAUCUCUGCCCUUCUUGCUCCUGCUGAGAGGGAUGCCUUUGCCUUGCCCCAGUCUUUAACAGAUUAAAAUUCUACAAAAUAGAGAAUUUUCACUUAUCUACGAAAGGCUUACUUUGAAAAGUGAGAACCUUCAAGUGAAUUGCAACUGACUUUGCUGUUGAUGAAUUCAGUCUGUUAUAUAUUUUUAUUAACAUUGAUGUUGAUAUUGUAAAAUCAUUUGAAUAAUAAAAUGUCAUUUGUCA